AUGUCUGCUACAAGUACUGAAAUAAUGGUUGAAGAAAUUGAAUUAAAUAAUACUUUUCAUUCAAGAUUAAACACUAAUAAAAAUGAAGAAAUAACUACUCAAAUUCAACAAUCACCACAAAAUGAAGUUCAACUGUUUGAAAAUAAUGAUCUAAACUCAAUUACAAACAAUGAAGAAGAAUCAUUUGAGGAUUCUUUAGAUGAUCCAAAAAAUUAUCCAGAUGGUGGUUUUAAAGCAUAUUUAACAUUAUUUGGUUGUUUUUUAGGAUUAAUAGUAAAUUUAGGAUUAAUUAAUUCAAUUGGUGCUGUACAAUCAUAUGUUUCAAAUAAUAUUUUAACUAAUUAUUCACAAUCUACAAUAUCUUGGAUUUUUUCUAUUUAUUUAUCAUUAGCUUAUGCUGGUGGAAUUUUUAGUGGUCCAUUUUUUGAUAAAUAUGGAACUUUAUAUUUAUUAAUUGCAAGUGGUGGAUUUAUUUUCGCGGGGUUAAUGGGAGCUGCUCAAAGUAAUCAAAUUUAUCAAUUCAUAUUAAGUUUUAUUGCUUUGGGAUUAGGUAAUGGAAUUGGAAUGGCUCCUUUAGUUAGUGUAAUAAGUCAUUUUUUUUAUAAUAAGAGAGGAGUAUGUACUGGGAUUGCAACAUCUGGUGGUAGUGUUGGAGGAUUAUUGUUUCCUUUAAUGUUGAGGAAAUUGUAUGUUAGUGUUGGAUAUGUUUGGGCUAUAAGAGUAUUAGCUUUCACUUGUCUUGGAUGUAUGAUUUGUUCAAUUUUAUUAGUAAAAGAAAGAUUUCGAAGAAAUAAGAAAAAAAUUGUUGAAACUAAUCAAAUGAAUAGUUUUGAAAAAAUUAAAUUAGAAAUUUUGGAAUUUGUUAAAAUUAAAGAUAUUAAAUUUGUUUUUGUUAUAUUAGGUGGAUUUUUUGCAGAAUUUAGUUUGGUGCUUAUAGUUACUUAUUUUGCAAAUUAUGCCAUUGCACAAGGUAUGAAUGAGGGUGAUAGUUUAUUAUUAUUAACUAUUUGGAAUGCAGUUGGUAUUGCUGGUAGAUGGUUACCAGGAUUAGCAAGUGAUUAUUUUGGUAGAUUUAAUGUUAAUAUUGUUAUGUUGGUGAUGUAUUCCAUAAGUAUAUUAGUCAUAUUAUUACCAUUUGGUCAUAAUCACAAAAUCUUGUAUGCAUUUGCGGUUGUGGGAGGUAUAUCACUGGGUUGUAUAUUAACUUUAUUACCUGCAUGUUUAUCACAAAUUACAAGAACUGAUCAAUUAGGUAAAAGAUAUGGUUUAUUAAAUUUCUAUUUAUCAUUAGCUAAUUUGUUUGGUAUACCCAUAGCUGCUGCUAUAUUAGAUACAAAUUAUAAUAAUUUAAUUGUAUUUAUUGGUUGUUUAUCAAUAGCUGGAUUGAUAUUUUGGACUGCGGCUAGAAUAUCAAUAGUUGGUAUUAAAUUAAAUGUUAAAGUAUAG